UUUUAUUAAAUAUAUAGUUUUAUUAACAUUGUAACCAUUGUGAUGGUACCACUGUAGAUGGGUUUCAGUGGAUGAUCAAUUAAUAAAGUUGGUAUGAUUGAAGAACAUAGGGUAGCUGAUUACUUUGUUACUGUUGGACUAAACAAUUUAGGAAAGCCAGAAUGUGACUAUGAAACAUUAGAACCUAUUACAGACCUUGCUGUUAUUUUCAAAAGUGCUGGGGAGGAGCCUCCAGAUGGUUUUGAAUGUAUUGAGACUACUCCAAGCGGAUUGCCUGCAAACUUGAAUCAUGGUUCAUUACGCAGCCCUACUUGUUAUUUGUGUUUCCGUAGAGGAAGAGAUAAACCCCCACUUACUGAUAUUGGAGUUCUUCAUGAAGGCCGUCAAAGAUUAAUGCAUGGUUGUGAUAUUGUUUUAAAAACUCCAUCAAAGUUGUUUGCAAAUGUAAACAAUGCAAGUAAUUCGCGUUUAUUUAUAACAUAUCGAAGAGCAUCUCCUCAGUUUGCUCAUUCAUCACUUGCUGUUAUUGAUAUAUGUGUGAUUAUUACUAAUAAGGGAGAAAAACCACCACAUGCUUUUUGUUUAAUUGACAGAAAUUUAAAUCAAGGGCUUGGAGGUUCUGCUGUUUACCUUUGCUAUAGAAAAUCUUUAGCAAGAACAAACUCACUUACCUAUUCAGCAGAAAUAAUUAGCAAGUACCCGACAACAGAUUACAAAGACUAUCCACUUCCAGACUCAGUCCAGCUUUUUUGCUUACCGCUUGGUGCAGUUAUUGAAUGCUGGCCAGAGACUGCUCAACCUCCUCUUCCAAUUUUCUCUACCUUUGCUCUGACAGAUGCCAAAGGUGAAAAGAUAUAUGGUGCUGGAGUAACAUUUUUUGAAGAGUUUCCAAAGGAAAACUUUACUGAAGAAGUCAACGCUCUACUUCUUCAACAGCAAAAGAACUAUAAAGAUCAACGUCUAGUGGCUCAAACAAACAAAUGCAUUUGUUUGCUAUCUCGUUAUCCUUUUUUUGAUGCAUUUCGACGAUUUCUAAUGGCACUCUACAGAAUAAGUGUAUCUGGCAAACAAAAUAUUCCUAUCGAAAGGUACAUUUCUCAUUUUAUGCACAAUGUACCAUUUCCAACUCCUCGAAAACCAAGAGUGUUUGUACAGAUGACUCAUGAAGGAUUUGAAAUUACAGAGCCUUCUAAUGGUCCUUUACCCGUAAGUGGUGCCUCGUAUACAGCGUUACUUCGUUGUCUUGGCACUGAAAAUACUCUAACUCUUCUUGCGUGUAUAUUAACUGAACAAAAAAUACUUGUUCAUUCACUGCGGCCUGCACUUCUAACCAGUGUUGGAGAAGCACUUACUUCGUUAAUAUUUCCCUUUCAAUGGAAGUGUCCUUAUAUUCCUCUGUGUCCUUUAGUAUUAGCAGAUGUUCUUUCUGCCCCUUUUCCAUUUAUUUAUGGAAUUGAUUCACGUUACUUUGAUCAAGGAUCUCCACCGUGUGAUGUGACAUGUGUAGAUCUUGACACAAAUAUGAUUACACAGGCAAGUGAAACAAGAGAUUUCAAGCAAAUUAAUUGGAAAUCAUUACCAAAGAAACCAUGCAAAGUUUUAAAAGAUAAAUUGGAUGAAGUAUUUUUACAGUUACAUAAUGUUCCAAAUGAAGAUAAUAAUUCAGCUGUUGAAAUGGCUCCAUUAAAUGUAGAUUCUGUGUCUGUCUCAAGAAAGGAAAAUAUUGAAGUAGAUAUUCAAGAAGCAUUUUUACGGUUUCAUGCCCAAAUUCUUCAGGGUUAUGAUCAGUAUCUGCUUCCAAUUACAUCACGCCCUAAUAUUGGAUCAAGAGAUUUAACUACUCUAUUUGAUCUAGCUGGUUUUAUGAAGAGUCGUCCUCGUGGUACUGAGAAAUUUUUUCAGCUACUUACUAGAACUCAGUUGUUUAAUCACUUUGUUGAAAUUCGUUCAUUAUCAUCUUCAAAUGAUGCAGUUCUUAUGUUUUUUGAUGAAUGUAUUGAUAAGUGUGAUACGCCAGCACGAUUAUUGCACAAUGAACGUUUUUCAAAUAGCUUUACAACAGUUGUGGUUACACCUCCUGAUAAAAAUGGAUUACCUAAGGAUGAUUAUUAUAUCUACAAUGGUUUCCCAAAGUUUAAACCUGAGUUGUUCAUUCAAAUACCUUCUUCUCUUAAUAACACAUCGUACUCUCACCUAAAUACGCCACCACGAUCACCUGUUGUUGGGCGCACUAAACAUGAAAGAGAGCAAGGGUCUGUGAGUGCUAAAAAGCAGGCAAACAGUCCUAUGAUGUGGGCAAGAUGUUUACUUGGUCAUUGCUACACAAUAUGGUUCAUUCAGCUCCCUGCUUUUGUGAAGUAUCAUCAUGACAAAAAAAGUAUGUUAUACACUGCAUUUGAUAUAUUACAAAAUAUAAGUAAAUCAAAAGCUAAACUACCUGAUGAGGUUUGCUUUCGUGUUUUGAUGCAGCUGUCUGGCCAAUUCAAUCAUCCAGCUUUAGCUGUUAAGGUUUUAUUUGAAAUGAAAAGAAUAGGAUUGCAGCCUAAUGCUGUUACAUGGGGUUAUUAUCAUAGGGCAGUUUUAGAAGGAGAAUGGCAACCAGAAGAGUUAAGAAGCUCACCACAAAAGUUGUGGAACAAAGCUCGCAUCGUUUUUUCUGUUAUACAUGCUUUUAAAAAAUCCCACAAGGAUUCUAAAAAGCUAGUAAUUUUAAAUGAAAGCGAGGAUGACCUUUCAAGAGUUGGUAUUAAUCCUAUUGUCAACACAUUAAUACAACUUGAAACUGAAAGUGUAGGUGCUGCCUCUGAUGGUGGGUAUAGUUCAGAGUUGCUAUCAACAGAAGAUUUAACAAGACAACAACCAGUUACAGAAUGUUUAAUUGAAUUUGGCGAAGAACCAAAGAAGUCUCUAAGUAGCAAUAAUAUUGUUUCUUUGAAAAAACAUAUUCGAAAUCUAAGUAUGAGCAGUCAGAUUUCAGAUAAUGAAAUUAUCAAUCAAAUCAAAAUUAAUAAGCUCAAAGAAACAUCUCGUUCUUUAAGUACAAGCAUGGUCGAUAGUCAAACUACUUCUCUCGAAAAAAUGUGGAACAAUAAUUUAUCUCUGGGUAGUUCAUGUCCAAAGUCGUUUUAUGUUCAAAAAUCUCCUAUCUCCUUGGAGGCUGUGAUAUGCAGCAGUCAAAUAUGUUCAACAUGUGAUAAAAUUAUCUAUGAUGAAGAAGUUAUGGGGGCAUGGAGUGCUGAUGAUUCAAAUCUCAAUAUAUUGUGUCCAUUUUGUCAAACAAAACGAGUACCAAUGCUAGAGAUUAAGUUAAAAGAUUAUUCACAGAAUUUGGGCUCAAGAAAUAAUAUUGAAUGUAAAGAAGGUUGUGUUUCAAAUCAAAAUUCAUUUUCGCUUUCUAGCCUCAGUGAUUCAUUAGUCUCAAAAGUUCCUUCUGAAAAAGAAACAAGCUCAAUUCAGCAAUUGGAAGACUUUUUUUCUUCUUCAUUGGAUCAGUUACCAGGAACUUCUGCAAAACCUGCCUCUGUAAAGCAUGAAAGUGCAUUGAAUAGUCUUAAUACAGUUGAGGAUAACUUCAAUGCUUGUUCAAGCCCAAGUCACAGCUCAUCAGGUGCAGUCGGAACACCACAGAGACCUUUAAUUGUAAAACAUAGAAAAACAAUCAGUAAUUGUAGCACUGGUGUCAGUUCAUUUUUGGACUCGCCAGUAGAAUCAGAAUCUUGCUCAGUACCUUACUUGAGUCCUUUGGUACUUCGCAAGGAAGUUGAAAACUUGCUUGAAAAUAAUGGUGAUCAUGUGUUACAAACAGCUGAAAUAGUGAAAGAGAAACCAAUCUUGUUCUGGAAUAUGGUUUGGUACUUUCGAAGGUUGGCUCUACCCAGUCAUUUACCUAUGUUGCUUUCUGCUUCACGUGGAAAACAUAUUAGUCUUUCCUCCAAUGAAGUUGUUAUAUCUACAUCUUGGGAUAUGAAUAGACAAACAAAUUCCACUGUUCCUCUAUAUAUGCUGUGGAAUUUGCCUGAAGACAAGCAUUAUUUAAUAGCUGAUCAUAAUUGGACACCAUACAAUACAUUGAAAACAAUCAACUUGCAUGUGCAGAAGAAUGAUAUUAUGGAGCCUAUUAAAAUACUAUUAGAAGAAAGAAGUCGUCAACAAAAAGAAAAUCCAAAUUUGCAUUGGAGUUUGUACAGAGAAUUAAUGUUUUUAUCAUUGGUCUCGUGUGGAGAAGAUAACAUAGAUAUUGACGCAUUCGAUCGAGAAUACAAGAUUGCCUAUAAAGAAAUGCAUCGUUUACAUUCAGAUCGAUUGUAUCCAGACGACAAAUCGCCAACUGUAAAAGCUUCUUUUUGUAGAAAAGCUUUCCAACCGCCCACACUUCAACCCCGAAAUCCAAAGUUAAUUUUAAUGUAAAAAUGUAAAAUAAAACAAAUUUAUUUUGAACAAUUAA